GGUUCUCUGAUUGGCGUAAGUUUUCCCUCUUGCCUCGCGUCCCCAUCCCGGCCCGGAGGUCGGUAGGAAGCCUCCGACUAGUGACGAGAGGGAACCUAGGUGUCCGGGCAGUGGGCCCUGAGGGAGUCGAAGAUGUGCAUCUAGAGACACCGCGACCCUUGCCACCUGACCCACACACCGAGGCCCUCUUUGCCACCCUGGUCACACCCACGCUGCCCGGGGUAGGAAGAGGAGCCUCUUCAGUCGCAGCUUCUGACCUCCCGGGGCAUCUCACUCAGGCCUCUAAAGAGCUUAGUUUGCCCCUCUGGAAAAUGGACCAGUGGCUUACAGAGGCGUGUGCCAGGGAGGAGGGUGGAGGAACCUGGAAACUGCUCACCCACAGCCUCAUUCUUGCAGAGUCGCCUAUAAAUAGGGCCCCAGGGCUGGAAAUGGGUACCGAAAAUGAAAGUCCAGAACCGGACUGUCAGAAACAGUUCCAGGCCGCCGUCAGCGUCAUUCAGAACCUGCCUAAGGACGGCUCUUACCGCCCCUCCUACGAAGAGAUGCUGCGGUUCUACAGCUACUACAAGCAGGCUACCAUGGGGCCCUGCCUCAUCCCCCAGCCUGGGUUCUGGGACCCUAUCGGACGUUACAAAUGGGAAGCCUGGAACAGCCUGGGCCAGAUGAGCAGGGAGGAGGCCAUGUCCGCCUACAUUACCGAGAUGAAGCUGGUGGCACAGAAGGUGAUCGACACAGUGCCCCUGGGCGAGGUGGCAGAGGACGUGUUUGGUUACUUCAAGCCCCUGUAUCAGGUGAUCCCUGACAUGCCGAGGCCCCCGGAGACAUUCCUGAGAAGGGUCACAGGUUGGAAAGAGCAGGUACUGAAUGGAGAUGCUGAGGCCGCCCCAGAGCCUCGCUGCCUCCCCAAGGAACCAGCACCCCCAAGCCCAGAGUCCCAGCCACCCCGGGACCAGGACUCCGAGGUUUUCUGUGAUUCUGUGGAGCAGCUGGAGCCUGAGCUAGUUGGGGAAGAGCAAAGGGGCGCCGUGGGAGGAGAAACUGACACCAGAAACAGCCCCGAGCCUCCUGCAGAGAGAGGGAGACUGGAAGGCCCCCUUCUGAGGCCCCAGGAGUUGGACUCGUGGCUGGUGGGGACAGUCCGUGCGCUGCAGGAGAGCAUGCGGGACGCCCAGGGGAGGCUGCAGCGCCUGGAGAGCAUGCCUGUGCCCGCCGAGCAGCAGAUGCCCCCACCCAGUGCCAGGCCUUGGCCCCUCAGGCUUUCCGGCCCCACGCUGAUCUUCUUCCUCCUGUGGCCCUUCAUCGUCCAGUGGCUCUUCCGACAGUUUCGGACCCAGAAGAGGUGACUCUCGAUGGAGGAGUCUGCAGCCAACAGGAGGCUAUGAGCCCUGUGUUCUGCUGUGCCCAGCCUUCCUAGGGUUUAGAAGAGCAGCAUUAACCCCCGUUCUCACCCCGCUCCCCGCCCCAAAUAGUGCUCGCCUUGACACCCCUCUCCUCGUGUGGGGGCCAGAUAAUACUCUACUCUUUCUGCAGCUCCACAGGGACUGUACCUCCUGUCCCCCUAGACCGCCUCAGGCUCCCUGGGGAGACUGCCCUUGUGGAGCAAGUCCCCACUUCGGGGUGGGCGGGUGAUCCAGGGGGCGGAACUACCGGGUCUCAGCCUCUGCCCUCCCCACCCUCUGAGUCACCUGACUCCUCUCCCAACCCAGCCUCUCCCCGAGGAGGCUCAGCUCUUGGGCAAGUUGGGACUUCGGCCGGGCCCUGGAAGAGUGAUUGGCUGGCGGGCUGUGGGAGGGAGGCCAGGAGGCUCGACCGAGUUGGGGAAAGGCGGAGAGAGCUGGCCCCGCGAGAGGGCAGUCAGCUCCUUUUGGCUGGCCGCCCUAUCCGCAGAAAUACUCAGGACGUCCUCACUAAAGAUGCACUUACAAAAGAGUGUUUCACUAAGUAAAAUAAAACCUUCAUCUUCUGCCGUC